AUGCCGACUGACACCUCAACUGAGUCCACGCAGUCUGCCCAGUUGUAUGUUUGUGUGCAGUUGCAGACUGGUGGGCUAAGAUUCAGGCUGCAACGGCUUCUUCUUAACGUGACCACUGGCACUAUCACACAUGUGAUGAGUGUGCAUGCGUAUGGGUAGUGCCUUUCGGUCGAUGUCUGAUUGGCUACCCGGCCUUUGAAGGCUGACGGCCCCGGCUAAAUGUAGAGGUGUGUCUCACCCUUGUGGGCUUUAAGGAUUGUGCGCGUAUGCUAUAUCACGCUUCAGUAUGCGCUGACAUUUCUCUGACACCUGAUUCCCUACCGGUAGAUGUACUUGCGCUCCCGCUAGGUAUACAGGCCGUGUGUGUGCGGUUGCCCAGUGACUUGUGACAUCCUCCGCUUUCUAACCCAUUUUUUUACUGAUUAAAAUCCUGGUCAAGCGUUUUUUGUGGUCGAGGGGAUGUGAUGAUACACCUAGGCGCGGAUCUCCCAGCAUCGCUGGUCGGACGGAGCACCGCUUCGGCACCUCCGAGAUGCGACUCCGUCUGUAACCCCGCAGGAGGACACAAGCUCUCAGCAAGCUAUUGGCUCAGGAGAUGGAAGACCGGCCCACUUCUUCUCCUUCUCACCUAUUCUCCACCCUUCCCCUCUGCCCCUCACCCAUUGCUCUACUCUAUUCUCUUACCUCGCGUUUGAAACUUCUACGGAUCGCCGUAUCAUCACCUCCAAGAAGAAGCUUCGUCUGCAACCCACAGGAGGCUAUAAAGUAAGUGACCACCCAAGUAAGCCGAAUAUUGCUCGGCUGUUUUUGCUUUAUUUCCUUUGUCUGCUGGUUUUUCUGUCUUUGUUGUGGGCUAAAUACCGUUCUGUUAAAUAUUGUUCUGUUGACUUUGUUUGCUCACCGUUUAUAUUUCAAUAACCAGUUAGCUUGGAGAGAGGUGUGGGAAACUCGGCUUCCCGUCUCUCUACCCUUCCCCCAUCACCCCUCCCCUCCCACUCAAAAGUCCUACGAUGAGAACGACAGGUAUAAAGUAGGCGGCCCAGUCUAAAACGAGUCGCUCUCCCACUAAACAAAGUAGCGGCCCAUAGUGUUGUCCAGCAGUCGUUUGAGGUAUCGAAGCUGUCAGUGACAGCACUGCUCACCCCCGUUGGAGGGAAGGGGCUACAAAAUGUGCCGUAAACAAAUGCGGGGAUCACGACCGUGGCUAGCAGGCGCAAAACACACUGUCAAAACAGCCAAACAAGAAGCCAUACUCUCUCUCCACCCCCUCCUCCCCGUCGUUCCGCCCCACAAACUGGUAGAGUGAGUCCGCUUAUACUAGCAGCCUGGAAUGUUCGUUCCCUUUUAGACAAUCCGAGGAGCAACCUAUUGGAAUGGAGUGCGGCGCCGGUGGCUUGGGAACUGGCGGGCUACAAGGUGGACAUCGCUGCACUCAACGAGACCCUGUUCCCUGAGCAAAACCAACUGGAGGAGGUGGGUGCCGGCUACACCAUCUUCCGGACCGGUCAACCCAAAAUAGAGCGUCGGGACGUGGGUCGUCUUUGCCAUCCGGAACGACAUCGUGGGACGACUGCUCUGUCUGCCGGAGGGUUUCUGUGA